AUGGCACUCGACUAUCUCCCCUCAUGGGGCCAGCUCCCCGUCGAACAAUAUCUAAUUGAAUCCUGGAACCCCGCUUCUACCGAACAACCAUCCACGCAGCGCGCGCGCCUAGUCAAGCAAUUUCUAAACAUUGACCACUUCAACGCAGACUGGGACCCAACACGUGGUGGUACCAACCCAGACGCUCAACCCGUCCGUGUUCCGACCGAAGAAGAAAUAUCUAUAAUCUUACGCCCCUGGCGGUCUGAUGAUAUACGUCGACGAGCCUGGCGCGUUUGGGAGGCUUAUACUAAUACAAGUGGUAAUAAUCCAGUUCUGCUAAGAACGUGGUAUAAUCCUAAGGAUGAUGAGCGCGUGAAGAGUUGGGCAACACUCUCGGAGUUCUUCGAAGAUGACGCGGAUUGGGCGAUUCUGGAUAAUCCCGCUGUUUUUAAUUUUGGAACCGGUCCCUGGCAACAGGUGCUCGAGAUCAUACCAGAAAUUGCUGCCCGUCUUUUUCAAGACGACCAGUGGGUACGCCGAAAAGACUGGCGCGUGGAUAAUCGGUUCUACUCUCGUUUUAAAGACCGGUUGAACGCGGUCAAGCGGUCGAACCCAUCGUGGAGAAGUGACUUAAAUAUUCUCGUUAAAGAGAAUACUGCCGCGCGGAGUUUCUUACAUCUUGUAUCAAGGAGCUACAUCUUGAUUGCGGAUAAAGAGACCUUUGAGACCGACCACUUCUUGCUCGCUUAUCUCGAUGCAAGGGGGAGGGUUACGAUGCAGGGCCGGAUUCUUGUUGAUGAGGAUAGAUUAACUCAAGUUUCACUAGAGCGGUUUCAGGCAAUUCCUCCAAUGGAGGUUUUCGACGAGGGUGAGCUUGGUCCGGACUAUGUCGUGGCUGCUGGGAAUGCAGGGGAUCGUGAGGUGUAUUACUGGACCAGGGAGGAUUUGGAGGAUGAUCCGCCGCCUGGUGAUGAGGAUGAGGACUAG